CAAAGGAGAGUUCCCCUCUUCUGCCACCUCCCUCUUUUCCCUCUUCCCCCACCCCUCACCCCCUUCCCUCUCUCUCACACACACACACACACCACAUUCAUUCAGAGCCCAGUUUGGAGUCUAAUCACUUCCUCACACACUCACAUUAUCUCUUUCUGGAGCAACAUGCACAGGCUAACCCACUACCGCCUUCUCUUUGUCUGCUUGACUGGAGUGCUGCUGUUGCUACCUCUCUGCUGCGGCCAAACUGUAUAUUAUGACUACGGUGACGCAACACCGACACCGGACUACGACUACAACGCCACCUUUGAAUACGUCUUUUUCAGCAACGCUAGUACUGAGGACCUGGACAAGUUUCUAAGAGCAAGUGAAGAGGAGUUUUAUGAGGGGGAAGAGGAAGACACGACCUUCUCGACCACUAUGUCGACCACUAUGUCGACCACUAUGUCGACCACAGACAGCAGCAUAGCGAAGGGCUCCAGGACAGCUCCUCCAUGUUUGCUGCUUGCCCUGGGCUUGACCGUGCACCAGCUGGGCCAACUCCUAUGAGAGAUAUCCAUGAGUCUAAGCAUGAAGGGGAAGCGCGAGAAAGACCGGCGGGACAGGGCUCAACACUCACCGGCAGUGACUCUUGGACUCCUGUGAACUCAAACUUUAUUAUGCAAAGAACCCCUUCAGUCUUUGACUGCUCCCCCGUAGGACCUGAAGCCCAAACCAGGGACUCAAACCACUGCUCCCAUUGGAUAUGAUGUUACUACAACAUCACCCAUAGUAUUCUAUAGCAAUGGAGAGACGAAAACCACUGCACACUGUAGGAUAAAUUACUACACAAUUGUGUUUUUAUGCGCUAUAACACACGCAACCCUGCUUAUGUAGCAAACGCCACCACCGCACAAUAUUGAUAUGCAUUCCGUGUUGCAUCAUUCAGGGAGGUAGCUGAUCUGUAAGGUUGGUUCAGGCACCAUUAGGCUGAUGGAAAGAAAUGCCCAAUGACGAUUUAUUAAAGGGUAGAAGGUCCUAAAUGUGAAAGUAGGCCAGGUUAAUGAGAGGACUUCAAUUUGUUUCUCAAAAAGUAGAUCCAAUACCACAGAAAGACAUGACCGGUUACGUGCUUUGUCCAUCGGGGAGGUCAAUCUUAUUAAUCUUCUGUUUUGGAACUACUUUGAGUCAUGUGGAUUUUUAUUGAGAGAAUUCGUCGUUCUGUCAAUGAAAAGCUCCGAAAAAACUGGUUUGAAAAUAUUGUGAACCUGUCGAUACCAAUAGCACAAAUAUAUCUGAUGUUCCGUUUCACACGUGUUCAUUCCAAGCUCCGUUACUUCCUGUGUGUCGCAUUUACCCUGGUUCCUCUCGUUAUACACAAACACGGCACAGCAUCCUUUUAAUCUAAGCCAUGCUGUUUAUUGACUUUGAGCAAAUACACAGGCACUUUCCUUUGGCACUUCUGCAUCACCAGUCACCUCCUCAAAAGGGCAGGUAACCCUCUGCAGCAUACCAGUAUUUACCAUGUGUUUUAGACCAUUUUUAUAAGUGUUUUAUGAAUAUUUUAUAGACGUGUAUAAAUGAACUCUACAGAGGGGAUCAUACCGACUACUCAAAUGCACACAAGGUUAAUCAUGUCAACUGAUGAAUGUUAUUGUCAGUGUAGUGUAUGCAUUUAUACAUAUUGCUUAUGUUUCAUAACAAGUCCAAUGAGUAUAUCCUCUGGCGUGUUGAUGUUGAUGUUCUCCGUAUCCACAGCCAGAAUGAUUUUGCAGUGCAUGGUGAUCAAACAUGUUUCCUGUUAUAUUCAUCAGAGGUGUAGGGAGGGUGAAGUCUGUGAAUCCAAUUUUUUAUUAUACAGAUGUUUAAUUAAACAUGUACACGACAGUA